AGCAAGAAACCAAAUCAGUCAGCUUCAGGACAAAAUAUUUCUUUCACAACAAAACCUCGUCAACCUUCAACUAGACAGAAAUAAUAUAACAUCAAUAUCAAAUCUAACAUUCUCUGGGCUGAAACAACUUCAAGUGUUGAACUUAAGUACGAACAGUUUGGCUCAGCUCUCUGAAAAUCUGUUCAGUGAUCUCAAUGCCCUGCAGACCCUAGAUCUCAGCGAGAACAAGCUGAAGAGAUUAGAAAAGACGACUUUUGUUGGAUUAAGCAGUCUCUGCGUUCUCAAACUAAACCGUAACCUUCUAUCUUUUCAGAGUGAAACUAUUGGAUCGGUGAAUAGUUCAGUAGAUGGGCUAGAACUCUCAACCAGCUGGAUUAAAACUGAUAAACAACAAAUAAAUAUUCAAGGUUUACUACAUCUCGACUUAGCAGAUAAUCUGAUCAAGAGUAUCCCUGAUGAAGUGUUUGAGGAACUUGUGAAUUUGAAAUAUUUGAAUUUGGCGGGAAAUCAGCUGACAACAAUUCCUACCAGUGCUCUGAGUCUGCUGGGACACCUGGAGGAGCUGAACCUGUCCAGGAACCUGUUCACCAUCCUCCAACCCAACUCCAUCAGGAAUAUAAACCUAAGAGUUCUAGAGAUAUCAUCCUGCUCCACACUUACCCGGAUACAAGGGCAGUCCUUCAAUCUGCUCCGCAACCUGGAGAACGUGACCAUCUCUUUCAACUCUGAGCUGGAGGAGAUCGAGGAUGAAGUUUUCAGUCCUGAGAUGUCAACUUUAGUUCAUCUAGAUAUCAGUCAAAACAAUCUGAAAUUCUUGUACCCUAACACUACUCCUUGGGAAGGUUUAUCAUCUCUUCAAAUCUCUGGUAAUUCUUGGCACUGCGACUGCUCUGCUCUUCUUCUUAGAAGAUUGAUAGAAGAUCAAAUUGUGAAAGGAAGAUCUCUGGUGCGCAGAACUCUAUGCGCAGAACCAGCUGAGUUGACCGGUACAGAUAUACUCUCUCUUCCAGAUCAUAUUUGUCAAACUAAUCAACCUCAUAGUCAACCUACAGAUGACAGGAUGAACCUGCUGCUGUACACGAGUACUCUCAUCUUCACCGCCAUCAUCAUCAUCAUUGUCAUCUUCAUCCUUGCAGUCUUCUUCUUCUUCUUCAUUAGGCGGGUGUGUCGAGACAAACAGUUCAGAAGUACAUCGUCCACAGGUACUGAGGAAACGUACUGCCAAGUCCGGGAUCAUGUUGAAUCUCCGACCUGCUCUGCCACCAAAAUAAACCGGAUCGGAGAACAGCUCAUCCGGUCAGGAGAUUCAUGCAACCGGAUUAUAGAGCCAAUACUCCGGUUCCCGGAUCACGGGAUUCGGCCGGGAGAUGCGGGAAACCGGUUCCACCGAGCAGACUAUCCGGGUGGGAUAAUGUAUUUUUAUAGAGAUCCGGUCUCAUCACGUCCAUCUCGAUCCCCGCAAUCCCCUGGAGACUUAGGACCCAGUCUUCUCCAUCCUCCUCCAUCCUACCAUGCUAACUAUUCUACUCAUAGAAACCUGGAGUACCGGGGUUCCGGGGAACCAGGAGAAACAGGAGGUCCGGGAGGACCUGGAGGACUAGGAGAACUAGGAUAUGAGGAUGGUGAUCAGGAAUAUCGUCCUUUAACAUUAUCCUACGCUAGACACUGAAUCAACAAUGAAGGAAAAUUUCUCCGAGAAUUGAAGUAUUCUUCUGAAUAUGAACAUUGAACACACUUCACUGCUCGUUCAGACCCAUGCUCUUCAGUAAAUGUACUUAUUAAAGAGGUAUUAGUUUAGUACAAACAGUUUAGAGCAGCAUAAAACCGUCAAGAAUCAUAAUACAGCCCGUACAGGAACAGUACAGUCUAGUCAGACGAUAAACAAAAUUCAGCUCAUUAAACUUAAAACCAUUUCAGUGAUUUUGAAAUCUAUCUGAAUCAAACAAUGGCAAUUAGUUCUUGAAAUGUUAGGUGACAUGGUACAUUAUUAAUCAUUCCGUUUAGUGACAUUUUUCUCCAAACAUUUCGGAACAAAGCUUGUAAAAAAAAACUUUAUUAGUCAUACUUCAGAUGGAUUUGUUUAAAGGGCAGUCGGUCCUUUAUUGUUAAAAAAAUGUGGCAAACCUUUUUUUUAUGGUAAAACUUGUGGCAAACCUUUAUUUUCUUGUAAACUGAAGUGGGAAAAUUUCAUUCUAUUCUAUGUGGCAAACCUUUAAUGCCUUAAACCUGGCUUGAUUCUGUGAUAUUUCCACCAAAUACUUCCACUGAAAGUGGAUGCAUGAGGUUUACUAACUCUGUUUGUUUUUAAUUUAAAUACUUAAUGGAUGGUAAACACUAAAUUGUCAACUUUUGCCUCCAAAUUGGUUGAAAGCCAGACAAAUUUUUAUAAUGUAAACUUUACUAGUUUCUUGCCUUACACUUUUAUCAAAUAGUUUUGCAGAGAGAUGGCAUUCAUUCUUGGCUAUCCUAGAUGUCAGGAUAUCUCUGCUGACAGUUUAAAAUAUAGCUUGAACUAGCUUAAAAUAGUUUCUAUUAGUUUGAAAUAUUUUUGAAUAGUUUAAACUAAUAUUUCUCUAUACAUUCUAUCCUGCAUUUGUAUUGUGCAUAGAUAAGAAAAUAAAUUUCAAAUUUAGA